UGUUAUCAAUUUCGAUCCAUUUUUUGGUGGAUAACCCGGGCAAAAAAAAACAAAACAAAAAAUAAAAAAAUGUCAUCAAAUUAUCUAAAUCCAUAUCAAAUACGUGAUAGUACUAUGUACAGUAGUUAUCCACCACGUACAGCAGAAGAAGCACUUUGUUUACAAGAUAGAAAAUGGUGGGCAUUUUUAUUAUCAAGUAUUUGUACAUUUUUGGCAGGAAUAUUUAUCGUAUUGGUUUAUCGAUUGAUUGAAUUUUUAUUCUCAAGUUCCAGUUCAAGAACUGAUCAUAUGAAAAGUAGUCAACAACAACAACAACAUCAACAGCAACAACAGCAGCAACAACAACAACAACCAAAUCGUGAUAGUGGUGUUUAUCAAGGUCCACAUCAUCAUCAACAGCAACAACAACAGCAACAACAACAUGGUAAUACUGGACAAUUAAAAUUUCAGAAUCAAGAAUCGGUUGGAUUUUUUAAUCAAGAUCUUGGUUGGAUUGCCGAAGCAAAAGAUUGGGCUGGUGAAUUAAUAUCAGGUCAAUCAACUACUGGACGUAUUUUGGUUGUGCUUGUAUUUUUACUUUCAAUUGCUUCACUUAUUAUUUAUUUUAUUGAUGCAUCGAGAACUGGUCCACCAGGAAUCGGUGAUAAUGUUGAAAAAUGCCAAAAAUGGAAUGAAAAUGUAACACAACAAUUUGAUUUAGCAUUAAACGUUUUCUUUAUGGUCUAUUUUUUCAUACGAUUCAUAGCUGCCUCAGAUAAAUUAUGGUUUAUGCUCGAGCUUUAUUCAUUUGUUGAUUAUUUUACGAUACCGCCUUCAUUUGUUUCCAUUUAUGUUGAUCGAACAUGGAUCGGUCUACGUUUUCUUCGUGCACUUCGUUUAAUGUCAUUUCCAGAUAUAUUACAAUAUCUGAAUGUAUUAAAAACAUCAUCAUCAAUACGAUUGGCUCAAUUAAUAUCAAUUGUUGUUAGUGUUUGGUUAACGGCUGCCGGUCUUAUACAUUUGCUUGAAAAUUCAGGUGAUCCAUUGGAUUUUCGUAAUGGCCAUUAUAUGUCAUAUUGGGAUUGUGUUUAUUUUUUAAUUGUCACCAUGUCUACGGUUGGAUAUGGUGAUAUACAUUGUAAAACAACAUUAGGUCGUACAUUUAUUGUAUUAUUUAUAUUGGUUGGUUUGGCUGUAUUUGCAUCUUGUAUACCAGAAAUUAUUGAUUUGAUUGGUUCAAGACCAAAAUAUUCUGGUACAUUUAAAUCAGAAAGAAGAAGACAUAUUGUUGUUUGUGGCCAUAUAACAUAUGAAAGUGUUAGCCAUUUUUUAAAAGAUUUUCUACAUGAAGAUCGUGAAGAUGUUGAUGUUGAAGUUGUUUUUUUACAUCGUAAACCACCUGAUUUAGAAUUAGAAGGUUUAAUAAAACGUCAUUUUACAACUGUUGAAUUUUUUCAAGGUUCUGUGAUGAAUCCAAUCGAUUUAAGUCGUGUUAAAGUUUAUGAUGCUGAUGCAUGUUUAGUAUUAGCAAAUAAAUAUUGUCAAGAUCCAGAUGCUGAAGAUGCGGCUAAUAUAAUGCGUGUUAUAUCAAUUAAAAAUUAUAGCGAUGAUAUUCGGGUGAUUAUACAACUAAUGCAAUAUCAUAAUAAAGCAUAUCUACUUAAUAUUCCAUCUUGGAAUUGGAAAAGAGGUGAUGAUGUUAUUUGUGUAAGCGAACUUAAACUUGGUUUUAUUGCUCAAUCAUGUUUGGCACCAGGAUUUUCAACAAUGUUGGCCAAUUUAUUUGCUAUGCGUUCAUUUAAAACGGCACCUGAUAUGCCAUCAUGGCAAAAUGAUUAUCUUUGCGGUACAGGAAUGGAAAUGUAUACCGAAUAUUUAAGUCCGGCAUUCGAAAAUAUGACAUUUCCACAAGCAGCUGAAUUAUGUUUUCUAAAAUUAAAAUUAUUAUUAAUUGCAAUUGAAAUAUCAACAUCGGAUAAAACAGAUGAAACUGGUUCAAAUAUUUUAAUAAAUCCAAAAUCAAAUUUUGUUCGUAUACAAGGUAAAACGCAAGGAUUUUUUAUGGCACAAAGUGCUGAUGAAGUUAAAAGAGCAUUAUGGUAUUGUAAAAUAUGUCAUGCCGAUAUUAAAGAUGAAAAAGUGAUUAAAAAAUGCAAAUGUCGUAUGUAUGAAGGAAACGUAUUACCAAGACAUUCAAUUGUUGAAUUUGCCAGAAGUACACGUAAACAUCGAGAUAUAUAUCAUCCACAUACAGCCCCACCACCUGUACAACCACCACCACAAUCAUCAUCAAGCCAUCAUUAUCCAUCUCAACAACAACAACAAAUAUCAUCAACAGGUCCUGGAUCAUCAACAACAACCAAUAAUAAUAAUAAUAAUUCUAUACCUGGUGGACCAUCAAAUACACGUAUACAUCAUCAACGUCAUCAUUCUUCACAUCAUCAUCAACAACAACAUCCACAACAUCAACAACAAAGACAUUCAUUAGUACAUAUGUCAACAAAUGAUCUUUAUACAAAUAUUUAUGAUGAAAAUCGUGAUGGUUUAAAUCCAGGUGCACAAUCAUCAUUAUCAAAUUAUAUACCAGCAACAUCAACAUAUCAUCAUCAACAUCAACAACAGCAACAACAACGUAAUAUAACCGGUGUUACAUUUGGUGAUAUUCAAACAUCAACCGAUCCAUCCGAUCCACAACAACGUUCAUCAUCAGCAUUACCUUAUACGGAUACACAAUUAGCAAGAUUAUCAUAUGAAGUUAAAAAAUUAAUGCCUACAGCAGCUAAACCAGAAACAUUUGGCCUAAGUACAACCGGUAUUGCAAAUGGUCCCGAUAUGAUGGGUUUUGAUGAUAAUAAUGAAUUUGAUUUUGAUCGUACUGAAAUGAAAUAUGAUUCAACUGGAAUGUUUCAUUGGUGUCCAGCCAAAUUAAUUGAAGAUUGUGUCCUUGAUCGUAAUCAAGCUGCAAUGACAGUAUUAAAUGGACAUGUUGUUGUUUGUUUAUUUGCUGAUCCUGAUUCACCAUUAAUUGGUCUACGUAAUUUGGUUAUGCCAUUAAGAGCAUCAAAUUUUCAAUAUCAUGAACUUAAACAUGUUGUUAUUGUUGGAAAUGUUGAAUAUUUACGUAGAGAAUGGAAAAUGUUACAAAAUUUACCAAAAAUUAGUGUUUUAAAUGGUUCACCAUUAUCACGUGCUGAUUUACGUGCUGUUAAUAUAAAUUUAUGCGAUAUGUGUGUUAUAUUAUCUGCAAAAAUACCAUCAUCAGAUGAUCCAAAUCUAGCGGAUAAAGAAGCAAUAUUGGCUAGUCUGAAUAUAAAAGCAAUGACAUUUGAUGAUACAUUGGGUAAUCCAAAUGAAGAAAUUUCUGAUGGUCGACAAAAAGGUGUUCCAUUAAUCACUGAAUUAGUGAAUGAUACAAAUGUACAAUUUUUAGAUCAAGAUGACGAUGAUGAUCCGGAUACAGAAUUAUAUUUAACACAACCAUUUGCAUGUGGUACAGCAUUUGCUGUAUCCGUCUUGGAUUCAUUAAUGUCGACAACAUAUUUUAAUGCAAAUGCAUUAACAUUAAUCAGAUCAUUAAUAACCGGUGGUGCAACACCUGAAUUAGAACUGAUAUUAGCUGAAGGUGCCGGAUUACGUGGUGGUUAUUCAACAAGUGAAACAUUAAAAAAUCGUGAUCGUUGUCGUGUUGGACAAAUAUCAUUAAAUGAAGGACCAUUAUCUAAACAUGGUAAUGGUGGUGAAUAUGGUGAUUUAUUUGUUGAAGCAUUACGUUUAUAUGGUAUGCUUUGUAUUGGUAUAUCACGUUAUCGUGAUAUUGAAUUAGCUGAUAAUGCAUCAAAUAAACGUUAUGUUAUUACUAAUCCACCAAUUGAAAUGACAUUAUAUAGUUCGGAUUUGAUUUAUGUAUUACUUCAAUUUGAUCCGGGUAUUGAAGGUCAUAAAAUAGCAAAAAAACGAGCCAAUGAUCCAAACUGUAUGAAUAAUCAAUUACCAAAUUUUGAAGAUGAUCUUAUUACUGUGAUUGAUUCAAGAAUUGCAUCAUCAAAAUCGAAUCGUAAUCUUAAUUCUGCUCAUCAUCCUCAUCAACAACAACCAUCAUUAUUACAAAAUCAGCCACAAUCACAACAAAUUUUACCACCAACACAACAACUACCACAAGGACCUCAUCAUCAUCAUUUACAUAAUCAACAACAACAACAUCAUCAUUCAAAUUUAAAUAUUAAUAAAAUUAUUCAAAAUGAUCCGAUAUUAACACAGCCAAAUAUUAUGGAUAAUAAUCCAAAUAAUAAUCCUAAUAAUAAUCGUAAUAAUUGGAUGGCACAAUCAUAUACAUCAAUCAAUAUAGCAGCAAGUAGUAUAAAUGCUGAUCAAUCAAAUGGUAAAUUACCUGGAUCAGUUCGUUCAAGAUCAAGUGAUAAUGCAUUAAUACGAAGAAGGCAAAUUUCCGAUUUAAUUAAUGAAAAUGAUAUUUAUACAAUUGAUGAACAGCCAACAUUAUCAUCAUCAUCAUCUAUACAUCAUAAUAGUCAACAUAAUCAUCAUCAUAGACAUCAUACUUAUCAUCAUACACAUCAUCAUGAUGGUUAUAAUCAACAACAACAACAACAAAGACGUGGACAUUCAUCAACAUCAUUUAGUGGCGGUACAACAACAACAGCAGCAGCAGCAGCAUCAAGAAAUAUUAUUCCAGAUUAUGGUCGUAGUUCAGUGAAUGGUUUUAAUACCGGUAAUCAAUUAUUAUCACAACAACAACAACAAAAUUCACGUCCAUCAACAACAGCGGCCAAUAAUCAUCAUCAACAUCAACAACAUCAACAACAUCGAGCUCAUUCUGAUCAAUCAUUACGUAGUCGUAGUAAUCAAACAAUACAUCAAGGUUCAUCAAGACAUCGUUCAUAUAGUUCAUAUCCACAUCGUCGUUUACCAAUGCCUGUACAGAUUAAUUAUCCAAGUGAAUGGUGAUAAACAUGUCAUGGACACAUCCAAUACAAACUUAGCAUAUCCUUUCUUUUCUCGUUGUUAAUAAUAUAUAAAAAUCCCAUAUAAUAAUUAAUUGCCCGGUUUUAAAACAGGUUAAUUAUCUAUCUAUAAAUAUCUAUAUUGAUUGAUUGAUUGAUUAUUGAUCUUUUGAUUGAUUGAAAUAAAACCAAAGAAUAAAAAAGGGUUGUCCACAUCAAUCUAUCAAUUCAUUCAAUAUCAGCCCAGAUUUCUGUAAUUUUUUUUUUGAUUCGAAAAUUUAUUCUGUAAAUUCAAAGUUGUUGUUGUUUUUUCUAUUAUUUUUCUUAUUCUGAUUCUUUUUUUUUGUCAAUUUGAUCAAUUUUGGAAUGACAAUUACCCAUUGGUAACCAGCAAAAACCAAACCAAAAAAACCAAACGUCCAUUAUUUACCCGAUGUUUUUUUCCGUUUAUGUUCAAAUUUGUUUCCCUCGAUUUUUUUUCGUUCU